GUCGCAUUGAGUUCCGUUUCCUUGUGACCCUUCUGCCGUCAGCGGCUGGAGCAGAAGACAGACAUGCACUUGUCUCGUGGUUUCACUUCUCUAUUGAGUAUUCAUUGACUUUUCUGUGACACGGAACGGUUGCGUGCACGAAAUUUGUGGUAUCAUAUAGCGACUUAUGAAACGGGUGUGCAAGCUUAAUGUCCCGAUGCAGGUUUGACUUUGACAAAGGGCGUACAAGGGGUUUUGAACUAGCCGCUAGUGAGGACGUAUUCACGAUCUGCGUCACGUGGUGGCCACCCACGUUUCGGAUUGUGGGUAAACAAGGAGGAGAAAUAUUUGUGCGUGUCGAAUAGAGCACAGCAUCAUCAAAGAUCAGCAUAGUAGUACUCGUAAUCCGUGUUGGUGGUAAGGGCUCGGCCAUAUUACAGAGAUUUACCAAAGUGUGUAUUUAGUGAGUGAGUUAUGUCUACGUAUUCGCGGACGCAGGAGAGUGACGCCUGGGCGUUAUUGGCAUUGAAAUCUGCGCCCGCAAGCCCAUCAAAAGUGCAAUGGAACCCAGAGGCAAAGGGAAUGCCGAUUGCGCGGCUCGAGGGCCGCGAGUUCGAGUAUAUGGUUCGUCAGAAGCGAAUAACCAUCGGGCGUAACAGCAGCAAAGGCGAGGUCGAUGUAAAUAUGGGACACUCGAGUUUCAUAUCGAGGAAACACUUGGAGAUAUUCUACGACCACCCGUACUUCUUCAUGAUCUGCAACGGCAAGAACGGGGUAUUCGUCGACGGUGUUUUUCAGCGCAAGGGAGCCCCCGCAUUUCAGCUGCCGAAAUCGUGUACUUUCAGAUUUCCGAGUACCAACAUUAGGCUUGUAUUUCAAUCACUAAUUGACGAACAGGACCAGACUAAUGUGAGGGUACCAUCUCCACCAAAGCAAAGAGCACCACUACCCCCUCUACGCAUCAAUAUACCCGAUACAGGGUAUAGCAGUCCAUUUCCAUCUCCGACGGGGACUAUAAGUGCUGCUAAUUCGUGUCCUGCAAGUCCAAGGGCAGGUCAGGGAAGAAGAAACAUUUCCGCGGAUCUGCAAAUGGUUGCUGCGUAUGCGGCAGCUGUUGCCAGUGGUCCGCAGAAUUCCGGUAUAGAGGUUGGCCAGAGUUCGAGUAGACAAAUGAGUCCUGAACCUGGAACAGAGCCUCGUUAUAGAGGUGGCUCUAGUAGCGGCGGUCCCAAUGGAACUCCUGCUCAAUACAGUCCCCCAAAGGACGACUCGAAACCUCCGUAUUCUUAUGCCCAACUCAUUGUACAGGCGAUAGCAUCUGCUUCUGAUAAGCAACUGACGCUUUCUGGAAUCUAUUCCUACAUUACAAAGAAUUAUCCGUACUAUAGGACAGCUGAUAAAGGCUGGCAAAAUUCUAUUAGGCACAAUCUCUCGCUUAACAGAUACUUUAUCAAAGUACCCAGGAGUCAAGAAGAGCCAGGCAAAGGAUCUUUCUGGAGGAUAGAUCCACAAUCAGAAGCUAAACUUAUCGAACAAGCAUUUAGGAGGAGAAGACAGCGGGGAGUGCCUUGUUUCAGAGCACCAUUCGGCUUAUCAUCCAGAAGUGCCCCAGCUUCACCAUCUCACGUGGGCAUAAGUGGGCUGAUGACACCAGAGUGCCUGAGUCGAGAAGGAUCCCCUGGACCUGAAUCUUACCCUGACAGUUCAGUACCAUCGCCAGCAGGUCAGCUCACAAGUCAGUCGGCUCCAGGUUCACCUGGCCAUCCAUACGCUCCACCUUCUAAUCACAAGGGUCGGCUGAUGCAACAGAUUACCGUUGUUACAAAUGGAGUCAACAGUGAAGGCCCCAGAGAAGAUAAAUAUUUGGUGGCCGGUGUCGUUGGAGAAGAACACUCAUUAUCUCCUGCAGGACAAUACAGUCCAGCCCCUGUUAUUGUACAAACUUCCUAUAACUACAGUGGAAGCUUCAUUGGACCUGAUACAAGCGUUGGACCUGGCAAACGAGCGUUCGAAGAGCCGGACAGCUCACCAGGCUCACCAGCGCCUUUAGCUAUUGUCGAAAGUCCGGAGCCCCCUGAUCAUCAGCAGCAGCCUAAGCGUCAACGUGUCCGUGAUGCCGAUGAUCACUGAACCACAACUCUACUUUCUUUCUCUAUAGGACUUUGUCACGUUACGUUAACAUAUUAUUAAGCACACCAUCCAUUUUCUAUCCAUUAUUCAAGACAUGCAGUCACAUCCACUGAAAUCAGACAACUGACAACUACGGACUUACAAGAAAUUUUUCUUCAAUCCUCUGUCAUGAAAAUCAAUCGACCAACAACAGUAUUGUCGCAAGUUGACAAUUUUAUGUACUUGGUAAGUUUUUUCAAUAACAUCUGCAUCACUGAAAUUAUAAUGUGAUGCUCAACCGACUUGUGUUUGUUCCGAUUUGUUCAUUAUAAGUCUAGACAAUAGAUAUCAUGCCAAGAUUGAAAAUGUUGAAAUGAUUCAAGCAAUAGAUUUUAUGGUCUAGUUUCGCGAUUAUUAUUUCUCUCGUCAUAAAUGAUCACCGGAAAGCUGUGAAAUGGUCGAUUUUAGUUUACAUUGUUUAUUUAUACAUCGAUUUACGUAUAUACGUAUGAAUAUACAUGUAUAUUUAUUUAUAGAUCUUUAUAAAUUUUUUGAUUUUUAUUUAUAUACAUGUAUGUUUAUAUAAGUAUUUUUUCCCCGUACUACCAAAUGGUGUGCAAUUCAGAGGGACUGGAUUCGUUGAUACAAGAACGCGGCGAUUAAACUACCAUACAUUAAA